CAGAUGGCGCUAUGCUAGGGGAUAUUUUAGCGCUAGAGAGCAAACGCAAAUCCUGGCAGUGGCAGGUUGCAGCGCAACUUCCGGUGGCAUCCGGUGGAGUAGUUUUUUUUUUGUUUUUUUUAAAUAAAAGAUGUGAUAAUGCAUAUUAUAUACCAUAAUAUUUAUUUAUAUUUGUAAAACACAAUACAUUUGUUACUCCUCUGCAUUCUCGCUCAAACAGGCCUUUGUAUUUGCACAUUGCUUUCUGUUUGUUUGCGAGUCGAGUUUUCCCUUUGCAAAGCAGAUUGAGUUUGUUUGCAAAAUGCUGGAUUUGUUUGUUUAAUUAUGGCACAAAAUUCACUCCAUACUAAAAUCCUAUCAGAGUGUUUAUCACAGGAGCUCAAAUGUUCAGAAUCUACGAAAAGUCAAUCAAGUAUAAUUUUGAUAAACAAUACAAUCCAAUCGUUCCGCUUCAUAAUACCUCAAUGAAUCGUCAGGAGCCAUGGGUAUUAUUUUUGUUUUGUCUGCAUAUGUUUUCUUGAAUCUUGACGUGACGGCACCCAUUGACUUCCAUUAUGUGAAUCACAGAGGACCGCGGUUACAGCCAAAAAUGUUCAUUACUGUUCUACUAAAGAAACAAAAAAAAGUCACCUACAUCUUGGAUGGCCUGAGGGUGAGUAAAUUAACAGCAAAAUUUCAUUUAUGGAUGAACUAUCCUUUAAGAUAAUCUGUAGAGCCAUCAAAAUAAUCGAGACUUUACCUAGGAUUGUUGGAAGAGGAGAAUUGUUCUCAAAAUCGGCCCAGUUAUCUUGUAGUGUAUGGGUGCCAUUUUGAGAUGAUGAUGAUUGUGACUACUUGGUCAAUUAACAGUACUGUACCUGUUCCAAAAAAUACUGACAUCUUUGUCAAUGGAAGAAAAACAUAUUUAUAUUUUAGAGUAUGUUUUGAAUACUGCGUGAAACAUACUGAUUUAAUUUCAAUUUUCAUUUCAUUUGGUAUGAUUAAAUUACAUCAAAUCUUUUGAUUUGUUGUGUAUGACGUCGAUGUGUACAUGCAUUUGAUGAUGUAUGAUGUCAGUUCUCCUCAAGAUUACACAGAUGUCCUAGCACUAACAUUUGAUAACCAAAGAAUCAUUUUCUACACAAUUUAUAGUAUUUUGUCAUUAUGAAAUAUUUUGUGGGCUUGGCCAUUUUUCUUAGAAUUAAUGACACUUGCUUUAAUAAUAAAUCUGAAAUCAGCAAAUGUGCCUAAUAAAUGAAAUAAAUCUAUUAUAAUCAUGUAUGAAUGAAGCUCACGGCAUCUACUACACAAAUACUGACUCCCAGUAGAUGUACAUAAUUAAUGUAGCAAAAUAUGGGCAAAUAUUGGAAAAAAUGCUACAUAAAUCAGCUCAGAUGUUGAGGGAUCAUGUCUGAAACCAGCUUUAAGACAUUUGGAUACAAAACAAAACAAAACAAAAAAAAAUGCAAGAAAAAAGACAUACAUUCAGAAUAAAACGAUAUAUUGAUUAAAGUGGAAUGUAAACAGAUCUGUUAAAUACAAAAAUCGCUUCUAAUUCUUCUAAGUCUUCAAGUCUUAAUCUGACUGAAUCUAUCAUUAGACGUGAGGUUAAAGUGUUUAUUUGUUUUACCUGUUGUAAAACGUGCUCUCUUUCUUCUCUUUUGGACUCUUUUCUAGAUUUAAUGCUGUUUACGCUCUCAAAACUCACACCGCCGUACGCUGCCAUGAUGCUGCCGCAAACGCGCUCUCUCCACUGUCGUAAACAUCUACCGUAAUGCGACAGAUGCUACUCGCUUGUUUCCCUCCAGGUGGCGCUGCCGCUGUAUUCUAUCGAGGAGCAUUCAAAUCUCAGGACGUUUUUAGACAUUUCAACCAUAUUACAAUCAUUUAAAAACAAGGUUUGGGAACUAUGUGAGAUACGUACAAAAUACAUGCAUUGUUAAAAAGAUUUAAUCAAAAAAAGCAGGCGUAGUACGGUAAGUGUUCACGACAGUGGAGAGCAUUAGCAUUAUGAAAUCGUAAAAGGCAUUAAAUACACAAAAUCGGGAGGGGAGACGAGAGAGAGAACAAAUACUUCAAAAGGUAAAACAAAUAAACACUUAAAACAAACGUUUAAUUGCUAUGCAUGUUGGCUAUCUCUCAUACAACAUCUGAGCUCUUACUAUGUAACAUUUGUCAGUUUCAGAUUAAUUAUAUGCGUGUAAAUUAAUUAUGCAUAUAUGCAUGAGAUUAAUUCAUGCAUUUAUUAUUAUUAUUAUUUAUGCGGAAUUAUACUGUGUUCGCUCUUAUCACUGGAACAAUCAUAAAUGAUGUUGACUAGCAAUAGUAUCACUGGGAUUUUGACUCUUUUGUGUUCAAAUAUUUGCAUGUGAUUAAUUAUUCGGAUUUAGGCCAAAGUAUGCUCUUAAAUGCAAAGAAAAAUGGAGAAACUAAGACAAAAAUACAAAGACUGUGUAAUAAAAUUGGGAAAUGAAACAGACGUGUAUUAACUUGCAUUAUUUUUGACUUUGGCAGACAAGAUCAUAUCUCAACUGUCAUCAAAAGAGGAACAAACAAGCAGGAGAAACUCCAGGUGUAACAAGUGAAAUAUAUGUAUUAUGUAUAGUAUAGUGAAGACAGAGUUUGUCGAAGAGGAGAAUGAGGACAUCAGUGAUCCAAAACAAUCCAGAAUGAAACAUGAAGAUACUGAGGAACAAACAGAAAAAACGCAACUGGCACCGCGUUUGUUUCGUAAGUUCCCUCAUUUGUGUUCUACUGAAGAAACAAAGUCACCUACAUCUUGGAUGCCCUGGGGACAUAAAAGAAGAAAGUGAAGAGCUGAAUGAAGUGGAGGAGAAACAUCCAUAUCAGGAACCUUUCAUGACGUGUUCAGAGACCGAGAAGAACGUCUCGCUGAAAAAAACUCAAAGAACCGAAGCCAAAAACUCCUUCACGUGCCCUCAGUGCGGAAAGAGCUUCACACGAAGAGACAGCCUUAAGGAACAUCUAAGAAUUCACACGGGAGAGAAACCUUUCAGCUGCCACCACUGCGAAAAAACUUUCACGCGUAAAGAGAGCCUGAAGUAUCACUUGCGAAUUCACACCGGAGAGAAACCAUACAUGUGCCAUCAGUGCGGAAAGAGUUUCACGUUUAAAAACAACCUCAAAGUUCACGUGAGAGUCCACUCCAGGGAGAAGCUGUUCAUCUGCCCUCAAUGCGGAAAGGGCUUAACAUGUAAAAAAGGCCUUAAGGAUCACAUUAGGGUGCACACUGGAGAGAAACCUUUCAAAUGCCAUCACUGCGGAAAGACGUUCAAGUGGGCGCACAGCCUCAAUAAUCAUCUGCACUCUCACUCUGGGUUGAAGCCUUUUAACUGCGUUCAUUGUGGUGAAGGUUUUACUUCAUCAUCCAUUCUGAAAAACCACCUGAAGGUUCACACAAAUGAGAGGCCGUAUGUGUGCUCCUUGUGCGGAAAGAGUUUUAUAUGGCCAGGCAAUUUUAAAGAGCACCAGAAAAGACACACUGGUGAGAAAGAUCAUGUGUGCUUUGAGUGCGGCAAGACUUUUACCACAGCGAAACGAUUGAAGGAGCACCAGAGAAUUCAUACGGGAGAAAAGCCAUACAAGUGCUCGCAUUGUGACAAGAGCUUCACUCAGUCUGGAUCGCUGAAAGUUCAUGAGCGAGUUCAUACUGGAGAGAAGCCGUACCACUGCCCAUCGUGUGGGAGGAGUUUCUCUCAAUUAACAAAUCUUGUCACUCAUAUUAAAAAGCAUUGCAAGAAAUCAUCCCAGUGAGAAGGUAUUUUCACGUCCAAGUGAAUUACGUGGGAUGAACCAAACUUGUUUCUCCUAAGCCAAUUUUUACAGUGUAAAUAAGUUUCAUUUUUAUGAGGUUGUGCUUGCUUCAUUAAUGUCAUUAAUUUACUUAACCUGUCAACAGUCACCCCCCUUUUUGAGCAUAGAUCUGAAUUAAAAUCAUUAAAGUGUAAAAAAGCUAUAGAAGGUCAAUAUUACUGUAAUGUUCUGAACUAAACAUUUUUUAUUUUAUUAAAAUAUAUAUAUAUUUUACAAAAUAAUUUGGACUAGAAUAUCAAAGCCAUGACUGCAUCCGAAAUCGCAUACUUCUCUACUGUAUAGUAAGCGAAAAGCAUUAUGUGACAAAAGAAGUAUGUUCAAACUCACAUUACUCAUUAAAGAGUAAGCAAAAUGUACCUGUUGAUCUACUACUUCUGGAGAGAUUCUGAGGUGUGCAUUUGAUGGACACUUUACUAUCCCAGGAGGCCACAGGAAAGGAUUUGUGAAUGGCGGUGACGCGACGCAACUGGAAGGUCACGUGACAAGGGCAACAUGGUGAAUGUAGUACAUCCGGAUUACAUUCAUACUACACACACUCAAACUAUAUAGAACAUACUUUUUUAGCAGUUGUGAAGUAAUUACUUGUUCAAAAUAUGUAAUUCCCAUUCCUACUCAAGAGAGUAUGCGAUUUUGGAUGUAGGCCGCCCCAUAUGCCUCGCCAAGUUACGUUCCAAAUUUGAAGUUGAUAUCACAAAAAUUGUGCCUACUAAAAAGUUGUAACUGUUUACAUGGUAACACAGUGUCUGAUUUUAAAAUGGUUUUCACAGGAUGAAUUUUGAGUGUUUAAGCUUUUGAAUAUCUAAUUUAUGAUGAUUACUAAAAUAUGCAAUGGGGGAAAAGGCAAUAACAAAAAGGGCGAGACUAUGAUAGUUAACAGACUAUAUUUAGCAGUUGUGUUGUGUAAAAAUGCUGACUGUACAUGAGAAUUAAAAAAGGAAAAACAUGCAAAAUUGAGUGAUUUUUGAGUAUAUUGAGAGACCUGCUUAAUGAAUUCAGUGAACAAACUAAAGGCCUGUUUACACCAAGGACGAUAACUAUGACGAUAAUGAUAAAGACUUAGUUCUAAAAAUCGUUCUAAAUUUAAAAGAACAGCAAGAUACACAACACCACAGCUAUAAUAACGGCACAGAGAAACGAUAUCGUUGGAAUCUGAAUCAGAACGAAUUUUUUUACAGCCGAUGAAAACCUUGACAGCCAAUCAGAAUCCACUACGCUUUAAAGAGCUCAUGCAUUUAAAGUGACAGAUGACACAACUGCAGCGCACGCUUAGAAUAAACAACGAUAUCGUCCACUGGUGUGGACGCUAGUUAUCGUUAUAGUUAUUGUUCUUGGUGCGAUAGGACCUUAACUCUUGUAUUCCAUUUUAUUUAUUAUUAUUUAUUAUUAUUUUACAUUCCCAGGCUUCAGUUGUGACCUAAUAUUAUUCUUAGCUUGCACGUGCACAGUAAUAAGCUGUGCAUUUACAAUUCUGAAAGCAAAACCAUUAUCUUUUACUACAUUCGGUAAUGGUUUAGCUAUAUUUUUGAAAAGAUGAAAGGCAAUUUCUAUCAUUUCUAUCACCACUGACAGCUCCUGUAAUGCAUGUUUCAUAACUGCUGGUUUGAGAAACUGAUCAUUAAACAUCUUGACGUGGCACACUAAAAAAAACUGUAAAAAGUAUAAAAACUUAAAUCAUUUAAGUUGAUAUGGAGGUGAAUUCAGGUUGACUGGGACAUUUGCAAAAAGCGUCCUAAUCAACCUGAAGCAUAAAUCCCACAAAAAUUAUAAGCUCAUUAUGACGCCCCUCAGAUAACCAAAAUUUGAAGAAACUGCAAACAAUUAAUGUAAGAAUAAAAAAAAAAUAAAGCAUAAAUACAGAAAUAAAUGUAUAAAUAAGAACAGAUCAGUUUCAUCGGUUUGUCUACAUAGGCUAAAGCAUUUCCAUUAAUGUGCGUUUCAAGACUGAUGAAUAAAAUGUCUUCUCGGCCCAAUAUAAUGACAAAAAUAAAAGUAUGCUGUGCUGACAGCAUCUUUAUUUAAUCUGCAAGCAAAGAAUAUUUUUAAAAUGCCAUAUUGUUUUUUUUUUUUUUUUUUUUGUAAAGGAAAAUAGCAUGGAAUAUUUUAAAUAGCCUAGGUAAAAUAAUGUUAUUUUAUAAUCUACUUAAUUAGAAAAGUAGAACAUACAUCGAUGCCUAAUGACAGCCAAAUAUAAAUUUCCCCAAAAUGAUCAAUGAAGUAAAUCAUUCAUUUACCCAUCUAAAAUAGACUUUAUACAUAAAGAUGACACGAUAUUUAGUAAAAAUGAAUACAUGUGCUAGUAAUAAUAAUUGCUCAUUAAUAUAAUUAUACUUAAUCACUAAAUAUUAAACUGACAGCAAUGAAUUUUGCAUAUAUUUACAUAGACCCUUACGCUGUACGCUGCCAUGUUGUUGCCGCAAACGUGCUCACAACUGUAGUGAACAUCUACCGUACGGCACAUGUGGGUGUCGCAUUGAGCAGCUAAUCAUCCCUUUGUGAUGUUAAAUUGCGAAGAUCUAGAGUUUUCGCUGAAGGGCGUGUCCGUGGCGGCCUGACAAAAAUUCGAUGUUUCGCCAUGAAACAGGAAGUUGUUUUAACUUGGGUAUACAAUUUCCGAUCUGCCCCAAACUUCACGUUUUAUUAGAGUCCUGGUCUGAAGACAUCUACAUGGCAAUAUUCAGUUACAGUCAAAGCGCCACCUGUUGGCAGCAGGAAGUGUGGCACUUUGAAAUGACUUUGCCAUAAUUCUCCUGUAUUUACUCGCUUACAUGCAUGUCGCCCACUGUUCACUGUUUCCUGAGGCCAACGGGUGGCGGUGAGCCCGGGUGCGAGGGCCCUUUCAUCGCUGCUUGCAGCUUUAAUUAUUAUUGUAAUGUUAUGUGCUUUGAGACAUGAGGUAAUUUAACAGCGUCUCUCAUGACGCUUUUUCUCCCUGCUGUGUGCGUUCAUGUUUUGAAGGAGGCGUGGCUUUGGAGAUGCUCUGAUGGGAGGAUGGGAUCUUAUGCUUUCAAAGCUAGCUCACUAUUGCUAGCCUCUCUGAAAAUGACCUACCCUUCCUUUAAGCCUGGUGAUUACAUUUAUUGUAUGUGAGAAAAUAAAAUAAUAUAUUUGAAAGUAUUUUUAGUAUUUUAAAUACAAAAUACUUUCUCUCAAAGUAUUUAAUUGCAAAUUACAUUUGAUUUUUUUUGUUGAUAAGGAAAAUACAAAUUACAAAAUACUCAAAAGUAAUUAAAUAUGUAUUUUAAAUACAUUUAAUUAAAAUACUGCCCAUCUCUGAUCACAGCGCUACAUACCUUGGAUGCUGGAGAAAUUUUACCACAUAUGAAUGCAUCCAAAUGUUAUUCCUUAAGUAGCUUUUCUCUCCGUUACAACAAAAGCACGACUACAGUUGUUAGCAGUUAGCACUAAACAUUAUCCACAAGACGCGUAUGUAUGUAAAUUCAGUCUCAUGUCACACAACAGCAGAUUCGACUAGGAGCAGAUACCUGAAAAUAUAAUUUUGAGUUUUGACUAGUCGAAUCUGAAUUAGAAAUACUGUGUAUGUGUUGUAAAUUGUAUUUAGAUGUCAAAACAUUAUGAGAUACCUUAAAUCAUUUUCAUUAAGCAACAGAAGUUUUAUUCAAUGAUGUUGGACUUGAUGUGGCACUUGAAGGGCAUGCAAGUUUUUUUCAUUGAUGGAAAAAAAAGAGUUUACAUUUAUAAAACAAAACAUUUAACAACAACGCACCUAUUAUCAUCAGAAUACAGAGAAAUAAAUAAUAAUUUGCUAAUGAGAAAAAAAGAUGAAUAAGAAUGAAAAGAGGAAAAGGAGAGGAAAAAGAACAUGUGGCUAAGAAAUUAAUUUAUACAUCAUUUAACUUCAGGUAGACUUCAAUAACAACAGAGUCCAUCUAGAUAAGAAGCAAAAUAAAUAACAAGUAAAUUACAUUAGUUAGCAAGUUAAAAUGUCUCUGUCUAGCCUGUAUUGUUUUGGGUUAUCAGUAGAAGUACUUGGUCAAACUUAUAUGCGACAAAGUCACUACCAGACCUGUUCAACAAACACAGACCGGAAGUUAACUUUGGGCCAGGCGCGUAACCGUGGCAACACACAAAACCAUCUAUAUGAUAUGGAGUUUAUCCUAAAAGCACAAUAUUUUAUCUCACACAAUUUACUUGAAUGUAUUUGACAUGAAACCAAUGUUGCUCACUUGCAACAGACAACGAUCAGACAUAACAUUAUGAGCACUGACAGGUGAAGUGAAUAACACUGAUUAUCUCUUCAUCACUGCACCUGUUAGUGUGUGGAUAUAUGAGGCAGCAAGCGAACAUUUUGUCCUCAAAGUUGAUGUGUGAGAAGCAGGAAAAAUGGGCAAGUGUAAGGAUUUGAGCGAGUUUGACAAGGGCCAAAUUGUGAUGGCUAGAUGACCGGGUCAGAGCAUCUCCAAAACUGCAGCUCUUGUGGGGUGUUCCCGGUCUGCAGUGGUCAGUAUCUAUCAAAAGUGUCCAAGGAAGGAACAGUGGUGAACCGGCGACAGGGUCAUGGGCGGCCGAGGCUCAUUGAUGCACGUGGGGUGCGAAGGCUGGCCCGUGUGGUCCGAUCCAACAGACGAGCUACUGUAGCUCAGAUUGCUCAAGAAGUUAAUGCUGGUUCUGAUAGAAAGGUGUCAGAAUACACAGUGCAUCACAGUUUGUUGUGUAUGGGGCUGCAUAGCCGCAGACCAGUCAGGGUGCCCAUGCUGACCCCUGUCCACCGCCAAAAGAGCCAACAGUGGGCACGUGAGCAUCAGAACUGGACCACGGAGCAAUGGAAGAAGGUGGCCUGGUCUGAUGAAUCACAUUUUCUUUUACAUCACGUGGAUGGCCGGGUGUGUGUGCAUCGCUUAC